GCUGGUCAACUGCAACAUACCAGGCCACACCCCCACUGGUCUUUUAUCCUCCCCCUGUCUGGAUUCCUGAGCAUGGUCACCUGAUCCAGUGGGAGCAUCCAGCCGUUGAGGUGCUUCCUCUCCUACCUACGUUCUAUCCUUCCUCACAUAUUCAUACUCCUCUUCCUCUGACUAAGCUAGCUGAGAGCCUGAUCUCUCCAGAGGAAGUGGGUGUGUUCCAGAGGAGAGAUAAGCCCCUCCUUCUGACUAAUCAGAUUGUCCAGAGACCAAGACACACCUCCAGACGAUGCCUGCUGCAGUCAGCCAAUCAGCUCUCAGGUCGAGAACGUAGAGACAGAACAAAGGCGGGCUCAUCCUCCUCUUCAUCACCCCGCCCUCUACACCUCCUCUCUGUGACUCCUCUCCACCUGCCGCUCCUCUUGGCCCAUCCUCCUCCAGGUGGAGGUUACCCUGAGUGGGCGGGACUUCACUUACAAAGAGACAAGAAGGCUUGGCCUGUCGUUCUUCCCUCUGGACUGCAGAGAGUUCGGUUACAGCCAAUCAGCAGCCUGGAACAGAAAUGUUCCCUAAUCAGACAGCACUCUCCCUGCCUGCCUGUCCCUCCCUCUGUCAUCUGCAUGGACACAUGGCCUGUCUUACCUGCACAGAUGAUGAAGGACGUUCGUCCACCGUUCUUCUCCUCCACGUUCUCAUCCAGGCUCUCUCUGCUCACCAACUACUCUCGCAAGGGGAGGAGGCUGAGUAGAGGGAGAGUUCCCGCGGCGUUUCCUCUGAGGAUGAAGAAAGCGACAGACGACAACAAGCAGCCUGCUAACAGAGGAGACGAGGAGGAGGCAGAGCCUGAGGAAGGAAGCAGAGACAAACGACCUGUGGCCUCCACACCUGUCCCAGGGUCACCAUGGUGUGUGGUGUGGACUGGAGACGACCGUAUCUUCUUCUUCAAUCCCACAAUCCACCUGUCUGUGUGGGAGAGACCAGGGGAGCUGAUUGGUCGAGACAUCAGCAGCAUCAUUGAGGAUCCACCUCACAAGAGAAAGAGGACCACAUCUGAAGAUGGCUGCAGCUGUCAAUCACCCUGUCUCCAUGGUAACAGUGAGGAUCAUCAUUACCAUGGCUCUAAGAGAAACAGAGUCGAGGAGCAGAUGUCUCUCGUCCCUCACCCAGAAGAAGUGAAGCUCCUCCCACUGGACCUUCGUGUGGCUCAUUUCAGAGAGAUGAUGCUGGAGAGAGGGGUGUCUGCAUUCUCCACCUAUGAGAAGGAGCUCCAUAAGAUGGUGUUUGACCCUCGCUACCUGCUGCUCACCUCAGAGCAGAGGAAACAGGUGUUUGACGUGUUCGUGAAGAGCCGGCUCCGAGAAGAGUACAAAGAGAAAAAGGACAAACUGCAUAAAGCCAGAGAAGGUUUCAAAGAGCUGCUGGACGAGGCCAAGAUCACCACUAGAUCUACCUUCAAGGCAUUCUGUUCUCGUUACCAUGGAGACCAACGCUUCAGUGCUUUCAACAGGAAAAAGGAACAGGAAGUCCUCUUUCAGCAUUACAUCACUUCCUUGAAGAAGCGAGACAAAGAGAACCGGGUCAGGCUGAGCAAGAUGAGAUGAGAUGUUUUACUCCAGGAACUUCCAAAACAUUCAAAAACAUUUAAAAACAUUUCCAGCACAAUAAAAUCGGACUACAAGGACCUUCCAAACCAUCAAGGACCUUAACAGUCCCAUAAGAACUUCCCAGAACUUUAGCAGGACAAGCUGUAUCAGGAGAACAUUGAACCAGAACCUGCUGGGUCUGGAUCACCAGAACUCCAGGAACCAGGAGCAGAUUGAACAUGAGGAUCUGCUGGCUCUCCAAGAAUGUGCU